AUGUCUGUCUCAAAGUCAUCCACCAGACACAGCACAUCGCUUGAGGUCUUUGACUCGGCACCCGAGAAACUCGAUAAAGAGCGUCUUCCACGAUAUGUUGAAAAUCCAAUGUCUCCAAACACUUCGGUGUCGGCUCAGCAGUCCACAAAAUCAAAGAGAUCUAGGAUCAAGUCAGCUGUCUGGUCUUACCUCAAGGGUAUGGCUUACAUGUCUUUUUCUUUACCAGGGGACAUGUAUCAACACCAUCCGGCUUUUGUACAAGAACGACGUAUCAACUCAAUGAUGGAGAGUCAGAGAUCAAUCGAUCACCCUCAGAAUGCACGCGGCCCGGAGUAA